AUGCUCGUUGUUUUCGCACUAUACUCAAUCGGAUAUAUCUGCAAUCACGCGUUAGCGGAAUGUCCCAUCACCGAUCGUGAAAGCAAUUUCAAUGAACAACUGAUCCUGUACAAUGCGUUAAUCAAAAACUAUCAAGCAAAACUGCCAGCCGUCGCAGUGCAGUUUGCCAACAUGACAGUCAAGAUUCCGAGGUUUGAAGUACUGCUAACGGUGAAUGACAUGAAGCUGACUCAGGUGGACUGGAGAGAUGAGAGGCUUAUAUGGAAUCCCGAAGACUAUUGUGGACUAGACCACAUUUACGUGCCACGCUCUAAUAUUUGGAAUCCUGACGUUAUAGCCAUUGACGUACAUUCUUUCGAAAACUACCGGAUUGAUGAAGACGAUUACGUCAGGGUGAACUCAUCAGGCCAUGUACACUUCUUCAUACUUACGCGUACAGCUACGGUUUGCCCAAUAGAUAUUCAAGACUUUCCGUUUGACCAACAGGACUGUGCUGUUAACCUGACGGCUCUACCGUUUUCAGACGACGAGUACUAUAUCAAUCUUGCUCUCGAGCCAUUUUCGUCGAAAGACUACGAGAGAAUGGGCAAUGAAGAGUGGCGGAUAACAUAUGUGGCAGCGGUUAACGAUUUAGUAGACGAUCAAGAACUAAGCAGCAUUAUAAUUUUGAUGAAGAGAAGUCCAUCACUGUACAUCACCAUGAUCAUAACACCUCCUUUCGUGGUCAAUAUAUUAUCAAUAUUUGGUGUUUUUAUGAACAUUACUGAAAGUAUGGGAAAGCUCGGAAUGGCUCUGACGAACGUGAUGUCUUUGACAUUCGUACUGGGAAUUCUCGCAACAGACUUACCAAAAACCCAGAAAUUGCCAAAAAUAGUAAUCUUUGUGCUGGGAAACCUUCUUGUUAUGGUACUCGCGCUUAUUACAACAGAAGUCCUACCAUAUAUCAAACAAAUUUUUUUUCGCCACAAAGAGGGCGAUAAGAAAAAAUUAAGCUGUUUUUAUCGGACGCUUGAAUGGGUACUAUGUGUGUUGUUCGAAAUCGCAAAUCUCAUCAACUUCAUUGUACUUCUAGAAACCAAAUCAGUCAGACGUACUGGGUAGGGGACUGUAUCCUAUAGUCUCCACCCCGCGCUGGUAGCUGGUACAAAUCUGCAUGCCUGU